CCAAUGAACACAAUUUAUUUGACAUUGACAUUAGCCAAACAAUAACAAUAUUUUAGGUUAUGUUAUGAGUUUAAAAGUUUUUUAUUAAUUUAGACCCAUAGUUAUUGUGUUUAAUUAAACAUUACUACGUUCAUCUGGCCAAAGUAACUACUGUACCUACUUCGAAUGAAAACACCACAACAACAUAGCUAUAGAAUUCCAAAAGUAGCACAUCAACAUGUCUAAUACUAAUAACAGUAACAACGUGGGCGACGUCAUCCCUUAUUUGAAGCAGUUCAAGAGAAUCCCCAUAUACGUGGUCGAGGAGCACAACGACGCGCUGCAGUUCAUCUACUCGGCCAUCGGAGGCAAGAAACUACCGGUAGAAGGGAACACGAUCGUGCACCUCGACUCUCACCCGGACCUACUGGUGUCUCGGACCCUACGGGGGAGCGACGCACGCUCCGGUCGCGCCGUGUUGCCGCUUCUAGACAUAGAGAACUGGAUCCUCCCAGCAGUCGCCGCCGGACAUAUAGGCAGAGUCGUCUGGCUGCGCCCGCCCUGGGCCAAGCAGCUUAAAGACGGAACCCGCCUCAUAACAAUCGGCGACGACAAGGACACGGGACUCGUCCGGGUCGACAGCGCGGAACCCUACUAUCUAUCCGACGCUCUCUACUCCAAAGAACUGGUGGAAACAAAACAAUUCACACUAACAGUCGCUGAGCUGGGCGACCCAGAUUGCGAAAGAGAAAACGAGGAGGACCACACAAUUGAAACGACGAAAUUAUUGGAAAUCACUCAGCCGUACGUGUUGGAUAUUGACCUUGACUUCUUCAGUACGGGGAACCCUUUUCUCUCCGUAUUCGAGAGUAUCGGCCUGUACGAUCUGUUAGAACCUAUAUUCAGCUUCGAAGUCCCUGAAAACGACGACGUGGAGACCGUGAAGCGAGUUAUAAGAAAUCGGGAGCAGCAGUUACAGGAAUUAGAAAGCCUAUUUCAGUUCCUGGAAGAGAAUGAUUCUCUCGACAAAUGGCCGGGGGUGAAAACGGAUCUCUUCAUGGAGGUGUCAGACUUAGUAGAGGUGGUGCGCGGUGAGGCGGCGCGGCUGGGCGUGUCGCCGGACUGGUGGGCCGUGUUCACGGCGGGCUGCACGCGCGACCAGGACGGCUUGCCCUGCCACGUCAGCACCUACCAACAGAUACAGAGCCUGGUGACUAGGUCCCUCCGCCCCCUGCUCCGCGCCCUCCCCCCGCCCGUCCUCAUCACCAUCGCGAGAUCCACCGACGACGGCUACUGCCCUCCUGACCAGGUGGACGACAUUCAGAGCCUCGUGGUGCACGAGCUGAAGGAAGCCUACGAGACGGAGGAACCCAACUACUACUAUCUCAGUAAAAGAAAUGAAGAAGAUGAGUAAUCGUACCGUACUUAUAUGUAGUUAUAAAAAACAAGGUGUAAUAAUUUAAGUAAAAAUGUGUAUUUAUUUAUUUGUCUAUUUAUAAUCUCCAUUUAUAUUAUAUGAAUUUGGUUA